AUGGACGGCUCUGCAAAUGGACGGCUCUGCGCAUGGACAGCUCUACGCAUGGGCGGCUCUGCGCAUGGACGGCUCUGCAAAUGGACGGCAGUGCUCGUGGACGCCACUGUGUAUGGACGCCACUGUGAGAGCGUUACUGCUGAUCCCACAACAUAA